CUGAAGUGAAGUUGAUGUUGUGUGUUUAUGUCUGUAUUCAUGCAGUAAAAUGGCAGAAGCCAGAGUCUCUCAGGAUGAGUUCAUAUGUGCAGUGUGUCAGGAUCUCCUGGAGGAUCCAGUGGCCAUUCCCUGUGGACACAGUUACUGUAAGAGCUGUAUUACAGCCUGCUGGGAUCAGGAGGAUCAGAUGAGAGUCUACAGCUGCCCUCAGUGCAGACAGACCUUCAGUCCAAGACCUGCUUUAGCUAGAAACACCAUGCUGGCUGAAGUGGUGGAGAAACUGAAGAAGACCAAUCUUCCUGCUGACUUUGACGCUGGAGCUGGAGAUGUGCAGUGUGACGUCUGUACUGGAAGAAAAUACAAAGCUGUCAAGUCCUGUCUGGUGUGUCUGAACUCUUACUGUCAGAAUCACCUCAAACAACAUGAGAGUUUCUUUAAAGGAAAGAGACACAAUUUGACUGAAGCCACUGGACGACUGCAGGAGAUGAUCUGCCAGAAACAUGAGAAGCUCCUCGAGGUUUUCUGUCGCACUGACCAGAAUUGUAUAUGUAUGCUGUGUACGAUUAUUGAACAUAAAAACCACGACAUUGUAUCAGCUGCAGCACAGAGGACAGAGAAACAGAAGCAGCUGAAGGAGACGCAGAAGACACUCCAGCAGAGAAUCCAGCAGAGAGAGAAAGAUCUUCAGCGGCUGAGAGAGUCUGUGGAGUCUCAUAAGCGCUCUGCACAGACAGCAGUGGAGGACAGUGAGAGGAUCUUUACUGAGCUCAUCCGCUCCAUUGAGAGACGCCGCUCUGAGCUGAUACGGCUGAUCAGAGAUCAGGAAAAGCAAGCAGUGAGUCGAGCUGAAGGACGACUGGAGCGACUGCAGCAGGAGAUCAAUGAUCUGAGGAGGAGAGACGCUGAGCUGGAGCAGCUUUCACACACACAGGAUCACAUCCAGUUCCUCCAGAGUUUCCAGUCUCUCUCAGCACCUCCUGAAUACACAGAUGUACAUGAUGAUGCCUUCAUUUCUCUUUUCCCUUUUGAUGAUUUGAGAGAAUCUGUCCAUCAGCUGAGAGACAAACUGGAGGAUUUCUGCAAAGAGGAGCUCAAGAAGAUCUCAGACAGAGUCACACUCACCAACAUUGUUCUCUGGACCAGGAACGACUUCCUACAAUAUUCCCAUCAGCUCACUCUGGAUCUGAACACAGCGCAUAAACUCCUCCAUCUGUCUGAGAGAAACAGAGCGAUUACUAACACUGGCAAAGUCCAGUCGUAUCCUGAUCAUCCAGACAGAUUUGAUUAUUACCGUCAGGUGUUGUGUAGAGAGAGUGUGUGUGGACGCUGUUACUGGGAGCUGCAGUGGAGUGAAUAUGUGCGUAUAUCAGUGUCAUAUAAGAGCAUCAGCAGGAAGGGACAGCGUAAUGAGUGUAUCUUUGGACAUAAUAAUCAGUCCUGGAGUUUGUCCUGCUCUCCCUCCAGAUACUCAUUCAGACACAAUAAUAUAGAGACUCGUCUCCCUGUGAAGUCCAUCAUCAGGAGAAUAGGAGUGUAUGAUGAUGAUGAUGAUGAUGAUGAUGAUGAUGAUGAUGUCAGGAGAAUAGGAGUGUUUGUGGAUCACGGUGCAGGAACUCUGUCCUUCUACAGCGUCUCUGACACAAUGAGCCUCAUCCACACAGUCCAGACCACAUUCACUCAGCCGCUCUAUCCUGGGUUUGGGUUUGGUAUUUUUGAUUAUGGAUCAUCAGUGAAACUGUGUUGAUGAAGCAGAAUAGACUGACGAGAGAUUCAACCCAUAAUGCUUUGAGUUACAUGAUGAAUCAGUAACAGUGAGAUGUUAUACAGUCUCUUCUUUUCUCUUCAUGACAUUAAUACUGCAGCUGAACUUCUGUCAGUGAAAUAACAUGAAUCAGAAUAAAUGUGUGUAAUAAAUCCUCAUAUAGACAGUAAUAUCAGUGUGUGUGUGAGUCUUGCUGAGUGGUUUAUGUGCUUUUCUUUACCUCUGUGUUGAUCAAAAUCAGUCAUUUAGUUUAUAUUGUAGUGUCACUUUUUUUCUAAAUUAAAAUCAAAUGAUCACACAAAGUCGGUAAAUAAUUUUCAUUAUUCUCCUUAUGGAGCUCCGGCCCUUUUCAGUGUUUUGUGUUCUUUUGUCUUCUGGCAUCACAUGCUGCUGUUUUUAUUGUCAUACAUUUAGCUGUUAACCUCGGAAUUCAUUUUUAUUUGUAAGUUACAGAUUGUCAAUAUUUUGUGUUACAGUUUUUCUUGAUUGCUAACACAUAACUGAUUAACCAUUCAUUCAGUUCUCGAAACAAAGACACAUUUCUCAAAAAUUUUAACACGUCACCUGUUUUCACACACGCUUCAUUUUGCUCAAUCUUUUCUGCAAAACUCUACACAAAAAUGUCCUCAUUUUGCACAAGCUUGACCAUGUUCUCAUUCAGAACACACGAGAACACAAUAUAAUUAUAUUCAUCACAAUAUGAACUCAGAUUUACCCAUGUGUGAACAUUAAGUAACAAAAGUGAUGACACACAGGUCAGAAUCUCAGGAUGAUAUUAACAGGAGCACAGCUGAUAUUUGCUUUGGAAAAUAAAUCCUAGUGGUGCUAGACAAAGAGGAAAAGAAGAGAGAGAGAAAAAACUAAGGGGACGGGGUCAAAGGUCAUUUGUUUCUGACGAAAUAUAAAGCAAUGUAGUUGUUCAUGUUCUUUUGCAGGAAUGAUCAUGAGGGAAGUUGGCUUACAGGCCAAAGAAUUACAGAAAACGGAUAAUUUUUAUUAGCUGUUUAAGCUUUUAUGCCUAAGAUGUUAGUGCACAGAGAUCUGUAGGUCUGCCUGAGAGGAAACCGGUUGUGUCCGGGGUGAGAGGGGUCUGUGAUGAUGUUACCUGCCCGUUUCUUCACUCUGGAGUUGUACAAGUCCUGAAGGUUGGGCGGGUGCACACCAGUUAUCCUUUCUUACCGAAGUGUGACCCUUUUCUUAACCCUAGGGGUUAAUUUUAUUAUUUCUCUAACACAAAUCCUGGAUC